ACAGUGUGUCCAGAGCUCAACCUGGAAGAGCACAGCCAUGGUGCUCUGCGGUCUGGUGCUGGGAGCCCUGCUGGUGGUCACCGUGGGGUGCCUGUGUCUGCUGGGGCUGCUCCGGCGACGCAGGCCCCAGGAGCCCCCUCUGGAUAAGGGCUCCAUACCCUGGCUGGGCCAUGCCAUGGCUUUCCGGAAGAACAUGCUUGAAUUCCUGAAGCACAUGCGGGCUAAGCAUGGAGAUGUGUUCACAGUGCAGCUAGGGGGCCAGUACUUUACCUUUGUCAUGGACCCCCUCUCCUUUGGCCCCAUCCUCAGGGAUGCACAGAGAAAACUAGACUUCGUGGAGUAUGCAGAAAAACUGGUGCUAAAGGUAUUUGGAUACCAUUCGGUGCAAGGAGACUACCGGAUGAUACACUCUGCCAGCACCAAGUACCUCAUGGGGGAUGGCUUGGAAGAUCUCAACAAAACCAUGCUGGACAGCCUGGCCCUCGUUAUGCUGGGGCCCAUGGGCCAGAGUCUGGGUUCUGGUUGCUGGCGUGAAGAUGGCCUCUUCCACUUCUGCUACAAUGUCUUGUUCAAGGCGGGCUACCUGAGCUUAUUCGGCCAUACAAAGGACCAGGAGCAGGACCUGCGACAGGCAGAGGAGUUAUUUGUCCAGUUCCGCAAGUUUGACAACUUGUUCCCCAGGUUUGUUUAUUCCUUGCUGGGGCCCCGGGAGUGGCUAGAAGUGGGCCGGCUCCAGCGUCUGUUCCACAAGACACUCUCUGUGCAGCACAACUUGGAAAAGAAUGGCAUCAGCAACUGGAUAUCCUACAUGCUUCAGUAUCUGAGGGAGCAGGGAGUAGCCCCAGCCAUGCAAGACAAGUUCAACUUCAUGAUGCUCUGGGCCUCCCAGGGGAACACGGGCCCAACCUCUUUCUGGGCCCUCUUGUUCCUGCUAAAGCACCCAGAAGCCAUGCGGGCUGUGAGGGAGGAGACCACCCAAGUCCUGGGAGAGGCCAGGCUGAAGGCCAGGCAGUCCUUUGACCUUGACAUCAGUGCCCUGCACCGCACUCCAGUGCUGGACAGUGUGAUGGAGGAGACGCUGCGGCUGCAGACUGCACCCACCCUCCUCAGGGUGGUGCACAGUGACCACGUCCUGAAGAUGGCCAAUGGACAGGAGUACCUGCUCCGAAGCGGAGACAUUGUGGCCCUCUUCCCCUAUCUUUCAGUGCACAUGGAUCCUGAAAUCCACCCGGAACCCACUGCCUUCAAGUAUGAUCGCUUCCUCAAUCCCAAUGGUAGCCGAAAAGUGCACUUCUGCAAGGCAGGCCAGAAGAUCCACCACUAUACCAUGCCGUGGGGCUCAGGUGUCUCCAUCUGCCCUGGGAGGUUCUUGGCCAUCAGUGAGGUGAAGCUCUUUGUCCUGCUCAUGGUCACAUACUUUGACCUGGAGCUUGUGGACCCUGACACACCUGUGCCACCCGUGAACCCCCAGCGCUGGGGCUUUGGCACCACCCAGCCCAGCCAUGACGUGCGCUUCCGUUACCGCCUGCGACCUACCCACUGAGCUCUGCCAAGGUGGCCGCGAGCCUGUCCUCAAGACGUCCCUUGGGGGUCUCCACCUCCUCCAGCCCCUCUGAAGGCCCACUCUUGCCUCGGAUUCUGUGGCAUCCCCUACCUCUGUCCUGGUCACCUUCCUUAGCUCUCUGACUUCUCCCAAACUUAGUUUGGGAAAUAACGUGUACCUUGACAAGUCCUGCAGUACAGAAACUGGUUAUCGUGAGUAACGCAGUGUCUUGCAAAAAUUACCCUCCAUCCUCCCACCUCACUUUAUUAUUUUCCUCAGUGCCUAUUCCACAUCCUGUGGAAUUCAGGUUCGUCCAGAGCAAUACAAGGCAAGCCACGUGUGUAAUUUUUCAUUUCCUAGUUGACACAUUUUU